CUGGUAACAGCAAUGAGGCUGACGCCCCCGGCCCCGCUAGGGAGCACAGCCCACAGCUCCCCCUUGCCAGGCGCCCAAGGACCCUCAAGGCGCGGGGCUCACACUUGAAGCCUGGGAACGCUCAGACAGGAAACCCACUUCCUCCUAAGCAGUUUCUUGCUAGCCGGAUGAGAGGCGCCCAAUUGAAGCAGAAUGAUCCUCAUCUACUAAUAUCCAGCGUGGCCACAAAGCGACCGGCCAUUUACGCCGCCACUUUAGACAAAGAUAUUUGGUUAUUCCCGGGGAAGCAAGUGCACUUUUGCAUGGCUGAGCUCCGGGAGGAGGCGAGCCUCAGCCCAGCCUCCCGCCCGCUGGGCUGCGGGCGUCGAGAUAUUCGCCUCCUCCCGGACAACGAGUUCCACCGGGGUUCAGACUCAGUUCCACUCUGCAACGGAUCUGCGGGCGCUCACGCGGCUCCCCGCCCGGGCUUCCACUGAAGCAUCGGAAGGGAAAACUGCGGGGAUCUGAGCUGGGGUGCUGGGACUGGGAUGUCCUCGGAAAGACAGCACCAGCUUCUGAAGCCGAAGUAUCCAGGCCAUGGGCAAGGGUCAGGGGCACCAGCCGACGCCGAAUCAUGUCGAUGAGUCCAAAGCACACGACUCCGUUCUCAGUGUCUGACAUCUUGAGUCCCCUGGAGGAAAGCUACAAGAAAGUGGGCAUGGAGGGCGGCGGCCUCGGGGCUCCGCUCGCAGCGUACAGACAGGGCCAGGCGGCCCCGCCGGCCGCAGCCAUGCAGCAGCACGCCGUGGGGCACCACGGCGCCGUCACCGCCGCCUACCACAUGACGGCGGCGGGGGUGCCCCAGCUCUCGCACUCCGCCGUGGGGGGCUACUGCAACGGCAACCUGGGCAACAUGAGCGAGCUGCCGCCUUACCAGGACACCAUGCGGAACAGCGCUUCGGGCCCCGGAUGGUACGGCGCCAACCCAGAUCCGCGCUUCCCCGCCAUCUCCCGCUUCAUGGGCCCGGCGAGCGGCAUGAAUAUGAGCGGCAUGGGCGGCCUGGGCUCGCUGGGGGACGUGAGCAAGAACAUGGCCCCGCUGCCCAGUGCGCCCCGCCGGAAGCGCCGGGUGCUCUUCUCCCAGGCGCAGGUGUACGAGCUCGAGCGACGUUUCAAGCAGCAGAAGUACCUGUCGGCGCCGGAGCGCGAGCAUCUGGCCAGCAUGAUUCACCUGACACCCACGCAGGUCAAGAUCUGGUUCCAGAACCACCGCUACAAGAUGAAGCGCCAGGCUAAGGACAAGGCGGCGCAGCAGCAACUGCAGCAGGACAGCGGCGGCGGCGGAGGCGGCGGUGGCGGUGCGGGAUGCCCGCAGCAGCAGCAAGCUCAGCAGCAGUCGCCGCGCCGGGUGGCCGUGCCAGUCCUAGUCAAAGACGGCAAACCCUGCCAGGCGGGCGCCCCUGCCCCGGGAGCCGCCAGCCUGCAAAGCCACGCGCAGCAACAAGCUCAGCAGCAGGCGCAGGCGGCGCAAGCGGCUGCCGCGGCCAUUUCGGUGGGCAGCGGUGGCGCGGGUCUAGGAGCACACCCAGGCCACCAGCCGGGCAGUGCAGGGCAGUCCCCGGACCUGGCGCACCACGCAGCCAGCCCCGCAGGGCUGCAGGGCCAGGUCUCCAGCCUAUCCCAUCUGAACUCCUCGGGCUCGGACUAUGGCGCCAUGUCUUGCUCUACCUUGCUUUAUGGUCGGACCUGGUGAGACGUGGGAUGCGCUUGAGCCCCGCGCGACCUCAACGCUUCCCCUCUGCCUUCCGCAAAGACCACCAUUCGCCCGCUGCUCCACGCGCUUCUACUUUUCUUAAGAACCUGUUUAUGUUUAGACCAAGGAAAAGUACACAAAGACCAAACUGCUGGACGACUUCUUCUUCUUCUUCUUCUUCUUCUUCUUCUUCUUCUUCUUCUUCUUCUUCUUCUUCUUCUUCUUCUUCUUCUUCUUCUUCUUCUUCUUCUNCUCCUCCUCCUCCUCCUCCUCCUCCUCCUCCUUCUUGUCCCCGCUCCUCCUUUUCUUUCUCCCCCUCCUCUUCCAUGUUUUCUUCUUCUUUCUUCCUUCAUCUUUCCCCCUUUCCUUUCUCUUUCCUAUCUAAAACUUGCGGACUUUUUGUUUUUUUACAUAAAAAGAAAAUAGAAACAGCCAAGCAAAUUCAACCCUUUACGGAUUCUUUAAACAGAGAAGGACAGAGAACAAAUUUGGGGUGUCUUUCUGGUAGUUCAAAUGGGUUCGCAAGCUUAGGCAUGGCACAGUUUUGGAGCCUGUUCUAUGCUUCCAUGGCCCUGAACUCUAAAGACGGAAAACUUUCUGUGGAUGCACCCUGCCAGCAAAGUGAGCUUGCUUGUAAAUACCAGGAUUUUUCGUUUGUUUGUAUGUUUCAGAAGGGAGGACAGACGCUGGAGAUAGGAAAGAGUCUUCAGCAUAACCCAUUUGUACCUGACACAAAGGAAGUGUCCCCUCCCAGGCGCCCUCUGGCCCUACAGGUUCAGUCCAGGCUGGCCUUUCAGAAAAUUGUUUUAGGUUUGAUGUGAACUUGUAGCUGUAAAAUGCUGUUAAAAGUUGGACUAAAUGCCUAGUUUUUAGUAACCUGUACAUUAUGUUGUAAAAAGAACCCCAGUCCCAGUCCCUAGCCCCUCACUUUUCAAAGGGGCAUUGACAAACCUGUGUAUAUUAUUUGGCAGUUUGGUAUUUGCAGCACCAAUCCUUUUUUUUUUUUUUUCUGUUGUAACUUAUGUAGAUAUUUGGCUUAAAUAUAGUUCCUAAGAAGCUUCUAAUAAAUUAUACGGAUUAAAAAA